GCAACGACUGCCGUACCAGCGCAAAAAGCAGAACGUGGACCACUGUGAUCGUACUACUGAACAAGGAAGCAAUGAAAUACAUAGGCCUAUAGGCACAGACAGUUUUAUCAGGAAUAUCCAGGGGAUAGUGUCAGGGGGAAGGAAAAUAGUUGCUUUGACGCGUUGAAGGCAGCCUACUUGGAUUUUCUGAAGUCACUUGGGAUAGAACUAUUAUUGUUUGAGGAAAUGAAGAGAGAGGUGAGCGCGGCAGUGAACUUCCUCAAGCGGAUCGCUCUAGAGCGAGGGCGCGUGGACGAGACCAAAGGCGACAACUUUGGCGAGAAGCUGCACAAGUUCCUGUGCGAGAAAUACACAGACCACUGGUACCCAGAGAACCCCAGCAAGGGCCAGGCAUUCAGGUGUAUUAGGAUAAACGCGACGUCGCCGUGUGACGAGUGUGUCAGGCGUGCGUGCGAGGAGAGCGAGAUCCAGCUGUCUGAUUUGGGCCUGCCCAGGGAGAUCACACUCUGGGUCGACCCACUGGAGGUCUGUGUGAGAUCGGGCGAGAACUGCAGAUUCUUCACCAUCGCCAGCUUCAGCGAGAAUGAGGAAGUUGUGGAGGUGGAAGACAAGGCGGUGGUCAAGAAGAAGGGCAACAAAAAAGACGUCGCCGGUGUGUCUGCUCGGUCGGUGGACCUGCUGAGCCUGGACACGUCCGACUACCACUCAGCCAGCUCCUCCGACUGCAGCUCGGAGGCCUCCAGUGAGGCGGAGGAGGAGGAGGAGGAGGAGGAGAAGGAGAAACCGGCGCAGGGAGAGAAGGAACAAGGGAUGAAGAAGAGCAAUAAGAAGAAGAAGGAGAAAGAGAUGAAGGCAGAGGCUGAGAAGGCGCUGGCCACUAUCACGAUGAAGCCUCGGCCGCGUGGAACGCGUACCAAAGUACCAAAGUCUCAGCAGAUUCCCCCUGCUGGCCUGCAGUACUUCUACCACCCUGCUCCAGCACCAGUGUGGCAGCCGGCGUACAAGAAGAAGGGUCCUGUGUUCCUCACGACAGUGUGUGGGCCUCCGCCACCCCCCAUGAUGGGCUACUACGUCUUGCCGCAGCCACCACCCCAGUUCAUCAUCCCCCAUGCCACUCUGCAGCCCUGGGGGUCAGUGAAGGGAUAAGAAUCCCCCCACCACCACCACUAAUUCCUCUUCCCUUAACAACAUACCCUUACCUCCUUACUUCAGAAAACAUGAUGGUCAGUUUCUGUUUUUAAUGUAAAAAAAAAAUGCGAUUUCCACAGUUUUUUAAUUUAACUUCCACUGACUGUAUUUUUCACAAUCCUAACUAUGUUUUUUGUUUUUCAAACACAACACCUGUUUUUUUUUAAAUGACAAAAAAAGAAAUGGCAACCAAAUGCAACAUUUUUUAAAUUAAGAUCUAUUCUACUUUUUAAAAUUCUGUUCUUACACUUUUGAAUGUGACGCCUGGACAACCAGUUGGUAAGUUUCACACACGCCAAAAUAGAUUCACAGUCAUGCAAUAUUUGUAGUAACUGAUCGGCAUGUCAAGUCAGGAGAGCUAUUUUUACUUACAGCCUGACCGAGCAGUCUCGUUACCACAGACACAUGUCUAACAGCCUGUUAAGAGGCCACUUGAUGGACCAAUUCAGUACGGUCUUCGUUUUUAAAUUAAUGUUAUGUUAAGGUCUUCUGUACCAUAUCCUACUCUGGUGUACUUAUCAGGGAUGAAAUUAUAAGUGCACAGUCUACAUCAGCUUUGUAAAAAAAAAAAACACAAACAAAAAAGUGUCCUUUUCUAUACAACCUCACACGCAAUGCUGCAUGUUUCAAGGGCAUUUGAAAUUAAGCUUGCUAUAGUGGUGACAUUUUUUUAAUUCCAAUGCAGUUAUCUAUAACCACCUGAGUUGCUAAGUGGCUAGCAGCUAUGUAGUGUGUUGGGAAACACUCAUGCACUGCAGACAGACCAAAGCAGAUGACACGACUCGCGUGUAAUGGUUCCCUCUAGUGACGUAUAAUAUGUAGCUCAAGACACGUGCAUAAUAGAUGAUGGAAUGAAUGGUGAAGCUUCUUUUUUUACUUAAGAGACUGUAAAAACAAAGAAAACUUCUUUGCACUGCCUGUGCUAACUCUAGCAGUGGUCUCAGGGACAAUCAGCAAUACAAACAGGAGCUUGUUUUCCUUCUCCGCUAACAUUAGCUCUGUACUUUAAAACUAGGCUACAUAUUUGUUUGAUUUGAAACAAAUUAACGUUUCUGCUUUAGUUCAUGCCCACAAAGGCUAAAAUGGCACAAUUUUUGUUGGCACAAUCUUUGUUUAUACUGUAAAAAAAUGUGAUUCCUGUUAAUGUGAUUAACUGCUGUCAGGAGAAUAAUCACUGUGAUAACAUUCAGAAUCUCUUGACUUAUUCCUGGGCCUAAUUAACCUGCAUGAAUUUCUGAACAUGUGUAAAUAUUAUUGCUCUGUUACUCUCCACAUCUACAUCUGUUUCGAAUUUAAUAUGUACUGUUGUUACUAGCUUGGAUUUUUUUUCUGUUGUUAAUAUUUAAAUCUGAUCUUGGUGGUGCUAUAUAAAACUGAAAAGAGCCAUCCCCCACCUGGUAAUCUUUACUAUUUAUGGCUUUAUCUGUAAUGGAAAUGUUUUUUUUUGUUUUCAACGUCGCAAGAAGCUUUGUACAGUGUGUAUUCUUGACUAACUGCUUUGAGUUCUUGUUGAGAAAUUGCAAAUCACUUAAAUCACUUUUUUUAGAGAAAAUGUGUGCAUCACAGACUUGAAUUUUCUAUGCAACUAUUGUGUUCAUUUUUCUUUUUUUAAUUUUCCUUGUGAGUUUUGUAAUGCAGUAGGGUUUUCAUGUAUGGGCCUAUGGCUCCCAUGAUGUUUUCUAAGAACCUCUUAAACAGAUCAUUUCAAACGGGUGAUAAGGGUGCACUUUAAUAUAAAAAGCUUUGGCCUUUUCAGGGCAAGAGGCUGUCCCUGGACCUGGACGGUUAAUUUAUUGUUAAUUGUUUUCACUGCCACCCUUAAAUCAUUCUUGGUUCUCUGUAUCUUUGAUGUGUGUGCUUAUUUAUUUGCUGUUCACAAAGAAAAGUCAGUGACUGAUUUGUUAAAAUGGCUGUUGUAAUUUGUUCUUGGGAGGCAUUAUGCUGCAAUGUGCUCAUCCGUUUGUGUGCUUAAUCACUAUUACUAGUCUUUAUAUAUAAAAGCAAUGAUGUGAAAACGAUCGUUUUUUU